AUGCCGCUCCAGGCUCUGAUGGUCCCAGGCCCCGUGUCGUCCAGUUCUCUCAGCUGUGCAACUCUGCCCCCUGCCGCGAGAACCAACACGGCUACCCCCAGAAGCCCCUUCAGAGGGUGUCUCUUGGGUGGUGUCUAUUGGACCGCCUUCCAGCCCAGCCCAGCCCAGCCCAGCCCACGGGCACUCUUUCCGCAAGGGACGCGAGCCAGCGGCAGGGCCCCGUCCCCAGUGCGGGGGCGCGACGGUUCCAGGCCUGGGGAAAGCAGAAGGCAGCCGCGGGCCCCUGGAGUCAGGCCCACCGGCCAGCCCCAGGCCUCGGCCUCCGAGAGCGGAGCCCCCGAGCGGAGCCCGCUUGCAGCCCCCGCCGGCGCCAGAGAGGAGGGCGGGCCCGGCCGGGCUGCGGCGUGCCUGACCCCGGCUGCUAAUCCCGUCUGGGCCGGGCGGCCAAGAGAUCGUCUUGCGCCCCUCCCGCCCGCCCGCCCUGCUUACGGGGCGAAUUGCUGGGAUGGCCACGCGGCCGUCUCGGGUUCGGCACCUGCUGCUUCCAGGCGGCGGCCAAGGAGCCCGGCCCAGGGCAGGGGGCGGCCACGGGCCGGGGUCCCCCUCCCGGGGAAGAGCCGGGCCUGCUGCUGCGCUCAGCAUCCGGCGCCCCUGCCCAGCCCCCGGGCCUGGCAGCCCGCCCGCCCGCCCGCCCUCCGAGGGCCCGGGGCAGCUUCACCAUCACGGCCCGCUGGGCUGCGAGCGCAGGGCCGGCCCGGAGCCACCCGCCAGCGCGGGAGCAGAGCGGCGCGCGGCCCAGGGCGGAGGCAGGAGACGGCGGGAGGCUCCCGGGCUGCCUGCCAGGAGUCCCGCCCCUGCGAGGCCCCUUGCCCCGAAAGCCCGUCGCAGCCAGGCCCCCGGGCGCUCGCCUCGCCACGCCUGCCCCUUAAGCCAGGCCCCGCUGGGCCCCCGCGGGUGGCUUGGCGAGGAGCCGGGAGUCCCCGCUGCGGAGGCGCCUCGGGCUGCUGCGAAGAGCGCGCAGGCACCCGCGCACCCCCCCCCACAAGUGUUCUGAAAGGGGUCAAGUAA